AUGCAUGAACAAGGAAAAAAGCAUAAAGAAAAUGUUGAAAAAUUUUUACGUGACAUUCGUCGUAGAGACCAUGAAAAUCGUAAGGAAGAUGAAAAAACCAAACGAGAGUUAGAUAGGAUUGAAAGGGCUGCAAUGAAACAAUAUAAAAAAGAUAUCAUACUUGAAGCACCGGGGGCUUCAAUGGAAACAUUUACGUCUAAAAGUAACAUAAAAGCACCACCUGGCAAAAGUUCGCUUAGUGAACAUGACAUGAUAUAUGCAGGUUCAGUUUCUUCAUAUAUACCGCCAGCAGAUUCAUUAGAUCCAACAGAAUUAAAUAAAAAUUCUGAUUCUGGUGAUGGUACUGAAGUUGUGAUUGGAGAGUGGAUGCCUGUGACACCUCCACCUGUUCUUCAAAAGGUGGUUGAAAAAACAUUUCCAUUGGACCAUCAAAUACCCGAAGAUUCUAUAAAGGAUGAAGAUUCUAGCAAAGUUACUUUCAAGAAAAGAAAAUUUGCAGGAAAAAAUAAAACAAGGAAUAUCAGGAAAAAACCCAGUUAA